AUGGGCAGCAAAGAUUAUUAUAUCAUCUUAGGUGUCCAUCAAUUGGCAAGUGAUGAUGAAAUCAAACGUGCGUAUAAACAAAAAGCACUCAAGCAUCAUCCAGACAAAAAUCGUGGUGAUGUGGACGCCGAAAGAAAAUUCAUGGAUAUCAGUGAAGCAUAUGAAAUCUUAUCUGAUCCAUAUAAACGUUCUCUAUAUGACCGAUUUGGUUCCGAAGAAUUACGAAACUAUUUAGGAACAGAUCCUCGUACACAUUUUCGUUCGACCGGUAAUACUCAAUCAGAAUAUGGUGCUGAUCCUAAUAACAACGAAUAUGCUUAUGACUCGUACAAUAAUUAUUUCGUACGUUAUAAAGAUCCUACGACUUUCUAUGAUCUCUAUGUUACCUUAGAAGAGGUGAAUAAGGGGGCAACGAGAAAAAUGAAAAUCACACGCAAACGAUUCAAUGCUGAACUUAAUACAACCGUACGCGAUGAAAAAUUACUGGAAAUUCAAAUCAAACCAGGCUGGAAAGAGGGUACGAAAAUUACAUUUGAAGGUGAAGGCGAUGAAGGUGAUGAAAAUACUAUUGCAGGUGAUAUUGUAUUUAUUAUUCGUGAUAAACCCCAUCCAAUAUUUGAACGUUCGAAUUCCGAUUUGAUUUAUCGAGUUAAACUCAAUAUAAAACAAGCUCUUCUCGGAACAUUGAUUGUGAUUCCAUUUCUCGAUACGAAUAAAGCACCAUAUCAGUUACGUUCCCAUCAAGAGAUUAUCACACCACAAACGGAGAAACGUUUUCUCAAUGAAGGCUUACCCUAUCCGAAAGAUCCAUCGAGACGUGGAGACCUAAUUGUUAAGUUUGAUAUUCUUUUCCCGAAAGUACUUAGUAAUGAACAGCGUACUCUUAUCGAUUGUUGUUUUUCAAAUUCGAUUGACUCCUAUCUUCCACAUAAUUCGGUGCUUCAUACGACCAUUAUCGAGCAAACGCAACAGCAACAGCAGCAAUCACAAGCUCCACCAACUCCCUCUCAACCAUCCGCGCCUCCACCACCACAAAUGCAGCAACAACAACAGUCAAAUGCACAAUCGCACCACCAUCUACAUCCUGGCCAACAGCAGCAGCAGCAACAACAACAACAACAACAACAACAACAGUCGACAACGAUACAACAGCCACAAGUGUCUCCUUCACAACCACGAACAGGUCCUAGUUAUCCUCCAACAUCACCUCUAAAACAUUCAGCUGUUCCGCCCAACAAUUCUACUUCAACUGGUUCGAACAGUUCGAGUAAUCAGUAUCAAAAAGUCUUCAAUCGUUAUGUGAAUCGUAAUGGGCAUCAGAAGUCGCCCAGUUCGCCAAUAAAGAACCCAAAUAAAAUCAAAAUCUCACCCGUACGUGCGUCAGUGCCGGUUCCUCCACCAGCACCACCUUCUUCACCUGCCACGUCGGUUGAUCGAAUCAUGGUCGAACUGGGAACUAAUCGAUCAAUCGAUAUUUCCAAUACCGUCAAUACAUCAAUCAGCAAUUGGGCGUCUGAUGGACGAGCUGAAUUUACUCAACUGUACAAACAAUUACUUGAUGAUAGUAAAAACCCAUUUGAAGCUGAAUUAGCAUUGAAACAAUUGCUUGUUUCUUUGUGCAAAUCAUGUUUACAAGGCAGUCAAUCAGUCGAAACGAUCAUUCGAAUCCUCACUGAACUUCAAGAAAUUGUCAGUACUCCAUCGAUGAUCGGUGAUCAUCUCGCGGAUAUUCUGGCCACACUUGACGUCGAGUUAUUUCCGAAUGAUGAAACAACAUCAAAAGAAACGUACAAGCAAAGAUUUUUCCAACUGAUCAACAAUUCAGAGCAUAUUAUCUCCACCACAUUAUUAAUGGAACGUCUGGAAAUCGAAACGUUAGAAUAUCUGGAUUUAAUUGUUAGCCGCGAACAAUUCAAUCAGAAAUACGUUCGCAUUAAAACUCGGCUUUAUUAUAAGCAACAGAAAUUCAAUUUAUUCCGUGAAGAAAGUGAAGGCUUUGCUAAGGCAAUUACGGAAUUAAAUCAAAAUUUUACCGUAACAAAAUUAACAGCCGAACUAUUAUAUGAUCGUUUAAUGGCUUUAAUUGGAUAUUUUGAUAUCGAUCCGAAUCGCAUGCUUGACUUAGUUAUUGAAUCAUUUGAGUGCCAUGUGGAACAUUCGAAAAUCUAUGUCAGUCUGUUAUAUUUACUUCAUUUCGAUAAAAUUACACUGUGCCAAUUGAUUGGCUUCAAGUUUCAGCAAUAUCAAUUACACGAUGAGACACCUGAUUCACUUUAUCUAUUAGCAGCACAACUUGUUGCAAAUGAUUUGAUCGAACUUGACGAUUUGUUACCACAUUUCUAUCCACUCCUGACCGAUUUUGCUGAUAGUUACACUAAAGAAGUUGAAACUGCUCGCACGUCCAAGAGAGGAUUAGCAUCAUUAAUGAACGAUGCAAACAACAGAUCCAAAGAUUCCAGUACAUUGAAAACAAACAAUCAACUGGUACACUUCAUUCAAGCAUUGGUAUCUAUCGGUGAUUUGGAGCACACGUUGUAUUUAUUUGAUAAUUUGCCACGAUGGUCAUGCACAUCUUAUCGGGAAAUUAAUGGGCUUUUAACAAAAAUUAUUGCCUAUAUCAUCGAUCCAUUUUAUAAAAAUAAUUCGGAACUCCAUGCGUGUUUUCUCCAAUAUGAGUUGAAACAUCCAUUGAAUCAAGCGAUUUGUCCACGAGAUUUGCAAUCGAUCACAACAUGGAAUGAAUUUCGAACAAAGAUCUGUCCUCUCCUGUUACACCUCGGUGCUUAUUGUCAAGAUCGUCUUCUUUUUGUGAAAUUAACACGUUUGUGCACAAAUGUGAUCAAGAAAGCUGUUGAUAGCUCCGAUGAACUCAAAGAAGAUGUUCUCCUCCUCAUUGACGAAGUUCUCUUGCCCAGUCUUUCACUGUUAGAUGUCAAUGGCUGUUUAGCCAUUGAAUUAUGGUUGUUGAUCAAAUUAUUUCCGUAUGAUAUUCGUUAUGGACUUUACGAACGAUGGCACGAAGAAACUUACCGAAAAACACCACAGCUGAUUCAUAUGAAACACGAAGUUGCGGACAAAAGUCGAGCUAUUCUCAAACGUAUUACGAAAGACAAUGUGAAAACAUACAGUCGUCAAAUUGCAAAAAUGACACAUAACAAUCCCAUCAUCAUUCUCGCCGUCAUCAUCGAUCAAAUCCAACGAUUUGAUAAUUUUAUCACUGUAAUCAAUGACGCGCUGAAAUAUCUUUCACCCUUAGCAUUCGAUGUUGUUUGCUACACGAUUUUACAUGCACUAACAACACCCGUGUCAGCAGCAGCGGCAGCAGCUUGUAUUGACGGUAAAAUGAGUCGUGAAAAUGCGGCUCCCGCCCAAUGGUUUCAAAACAUAUGUGUUCUCUCGGCAAAUGUUUUUAAAAAAUAUCCCAUUGACUUCACAUCGAUACUUUAUUACGUGUACGAUCAAUUGCGACUAGAGAAGACAUGUGAUUUAUACUUAUUACGCGAGAUUAUAACGAAAAUGAGCGGAAUUGAAGUAUCGUCGACACUUACACGUGAACAAUUGGAAGCAGCUUCCGGUGGGGAAUUACUACGAAGUGAAGCGGGACAGUUUACUGCAGCGAGAAAUGUUAAGAAAUCGUCGAUACGUUUGAAAGAAGCUCUUUUGGAUAAUCAUUUGUAUUUGCCAUUAUCGAUUAUUAUCGCUCAACAACGUAAUUGCAUUGUGUUCAAGUUCGGUGCACAAAGAAUUGAACAUUUGAAGUUGAUCGGUAGCCUUUAUGAUCAAUGUCAAGAUACAAUGGUUCAAUUUUUUACAUUUUUGUCAAAUGUUUUAACAACCGAAAACUUUCAUCAUCAAUUUCCAUCCAUCGAUGACCUUGUUCUGGGAUUUCAUUUACAAGUCGAUGCAGCUUUUCAAAUUUCAAGACCUUUGUUCAAUGUUAACAUUCAAGCCAAAUUCGAUGAACUACGAGCAGUAGCGACGAAAUCACCAGAUGAAAACGCCUUGGCACAAAUCUACAUCGAUGCAGUUACGGAGGUGAUGUCACCAGUUCUUGCUUUUGUCAAAACUCUUCAUGCACAACGAACAUGGGAUGAAAUGACACCACAGUUUUAUUUGACAUUUUGGUCGUUAUCUCUAUCGGAUUUACAAGUUCCUGAACCAACAUAUAUACGAUGUAUCCAAGCCCUUGAACUGGAAAAGACAAAGAUCGAUGAAAGAGAAUUGACUACGGGAAAGAAACGAAAGGAGAAGGAGAAGAAUCAAAUCAUCAUUAAUAAACUCCAUGAAGAAUUAGCUGUCCAAAAGAAACAUAAAGAACGAGUACGCGCUCGACUGGAAAAAGAACGUGAUAAUUGGUUUAGGAUCAGCAGCAAAACAAAAGUCGAAACUGUUACUGAAUUUCUGCAAUUGUGUAUUUUUCCUCGAUGUUUAUUGAGUGAAAUCGAUGCAGUUUACUGUGCAUAUUUCAUUCGUACGAUCCACGAUUUAGCUACGCCUAAUUUCAGCACAAUUAUUUGUUACGAUCGACUAUUUUCGGAUAUCUCCUAUUCACUGGCAUCAUGCUCAGAAAAUGAAGCCAUUCGCUAUGGCAGAUUUCUUCAAUCAUUAUUAGACACUGUAAUGAGUUGGCAUGGCAAUCGACAAGUAUUCGAGCAGGAUUGCGCGAAACAUCCAGGUUUUCUUACUGUUUUUCGUAAUGCUGGUAGCGCAACGGCGAAAACAGGCAGCGCAGUGCAAGUACCUGAACAGCUUGACUACGAUAACUAUCGUCAUGUAUGUCACAAGUGGCAUUACAAAUUGACGAAAAGCUUUAUUUCUUGUCUGGAAUCCAACGAUUAUGUUCAAAUACGCAAUGCACUACAAGUUCUCACUGUUCUCCUGCCUAUAUAUCCAAAAAUAGCGGCAUUCUACACGGCAGUGGAACGACGCAUUAAAACGAUAUGUGCAGCAGAGAAAGAUCGCCGUCAUGACUUGUUUGCUCUAGCCAAAUCUUACAGUGGUCGUUUAGCGCGUAAACACGGUGAUAUGAUUGAAGCCAGUCAGUUUCAUACAGUUCCAGAACGAUCAGCAUCAUCGUCGACGAGUAGUAGUAUUAAUAAUAGUAAUCCUGGUACGAAAAUGAAUUCUCUCCUUCCACCGUCCGACGGUGAUGCAGCUAAUGUUAAUGAUCAUCCUAUUUUAUCAGAUUCUCAAUCAUCCCAAUCAUCAACAACUCGUUCGACCAAGAAAGAUUUAGCUAACACUAGCAGUACAACGACGCGACCAGCAAGUGAUCGAGCAGGAAAUACAGCUGGAUCGAGUAACAUAUCGACAACAGCACCGAAAUCAUCAUCGCCAACACCGUCAUCACAAACAGCAACACCAAUUCCGGCUACUUCAACGACAAAUCGAUCAGCAGUUGUAACGAGUACUGAACCAUCUACUAGCCGAAUUAAAUCGGAUUCGGUGGUUAACAGCAGCGGUAGUGCUACGAAUACAGCAUCGAGCACAUCAUCGAAAACCAAUCGAACAGCACAUGGUCCAUCACUGCCUCCUUCGACGCCAAUUUCAAAAUCUCAAGUAUCAUCGACAACACAAAUCAAAAGCGAGCUCAAUGAAUCAUCAACUGGCGGCGGACGAAUGAUCAAAUUGUCGAGUAAUGGAAAUGAUCGUCGCGAAUCACCUCCUACGUCAACAACACGCAUAAGUCCACCGACCAGUAAAAAAGAGUCAUCAUCGAAUGACAAACGCAAUCCUUCAUCAUCUGCGAAUGAACAACAGUUGUCAUCAACUAAAACGUCUGCUUCACCAAGCUCACGCACUACUUCGUCGCGCACUGUGACAACAUCCUCGCGCAAUAAUGUUUCAUCUGCCAGUGGCAAUGACGAUUUAAUUAUAAAAUCGGAACAAACGGCGACGAAUGGAGCGAAUAGUUCGUCAUCGAAGAAUGCACGUGCAGAAUCAAUUCAUGACAAUGCACCAGUAGGAAAACGAUCACGUGGAACUUCUUCCAAGGGUGAUCAUAGUGCAACGUCAUUCCAUACAGAUGGAUCACGCAACGGUAGUUCGCGCAGUGCACAGCGUGAACAUAAACACGAAUCGAGCAAACGCGCACGAUCGUCAACACCUGACAAACAAUCAUCGAAUGGUAGUAGUAGUUCAAGUCGUCGAUUGAAUCAAACUGCUGAAUCUGCUCUAUCAACAACACCUGUUCACCAAGAUACGGACAACUAUAGUGGAUCUGGUAUAGUCGAUGUCUCCCCAUCUAGUUCAUCAACAAAACGAAUUAAAACAAAUGACAUCGUUUCCAACGGACGAUCAUCACGAAAAGAGACACGCGAAGAUCGACAUACGAGUUCGUCAUCUUCACAUCGCAUACCUUCAUCAUCUUCGUCUCGCAGUGAACGUCGAGAAAAACAUCACUCCAGUAAAGAAACAAAAUAA